GCAUGCAUGAUAUUUUUGGCAAUUCCACGAGGGCCACCAGAUGGCAGGUCGAGCUGAGUGAAGGACUCAAUUGUUCAGGCUCGUGUGUCUCCCUCCCCUCGCCCCCUCACAUCAUCAUCAGCACAGACGCACCAAGGCUGUAGUGAUAGUCUCCCUGGAGACUAUCAGUGUUUUGAUCAUCUCCCUGGAGACUAUCAGCACACUGAUAGUCGUGGGCAGCACUCAGCGACGUCCACUCCCAGGCAGAGCCGUGCCGCCCUGAAGAAGAGUGUCCGCCCACCACGCCCGUGACCACCUCACGGAACACUGCCACGGCGAGGAGAGUGUGUCAGACCAUCACAGCCCCUCAACACCACCACCACCACCAGCGUCAUGGAGGCUGCAGGGAGGGGCGGCGCGAGACAGGUGCAGAACAUGAAGACUGCCGGCAGCCCUGCGGAGUGUCCAGUGUGCAUGACAGGCUAUGAUGGCACCGUGCACCGGCCGCGCACCCUGCCCUGCGGCCACACUGUCUGCACGCUGUGCAUAGAGCAGCUGAAGGUGCUGGGCCGUGUUGCCUGCCCAGAGUGCCGCGUCAGCCACGCCGUGCCCGAGGGAGGGCAGUUCCCUGUCUGCUUUGCUGUUGAGGCCUUCAUAAGGAUGAUGAGAGACGCUGAGGUGGCAGCAGCAGCAGCAGCAGCAGCCUCGCCGCCACCCAGUGCCGGGGAAGGGGAAGGAGCAGCAGCAGCAGCAGCAGCAGCAGCAGCAGCCUCGCCGCCACCCAGUGCCGGGGAAUGGGAAGGAGCAGCAGCAGCAGCAGCAGCAGCAGCAGCAGCAGCAGCCUCGCCGCCACGCAGUGCAGGGGAAGGGGAAGGAGCAGCAGCAGCAGCUGGCAAGAAGGAGUCGGCGGGUCUCUCCAAGAAAAUGCGUUCCUUCCUGCAGGAACAGGAGGCCACACUUGUGGCCGCCAUCACCGCCUGCCGGGAGGCUCAGUCGCAGCUGGACCAGUACCAGACGACCCUGGCAGGCUGGCGCGGGCGGCAGCAGCAGCUGGAGGACAGGCUCCUGGGACUGGUGGACCAGAGCAGGAGUGCCAGGGAGCUCCUGCAGCAGGAAGAGUCCCGUGCGGCGGCCAAGGAGGAGGAGCUGAAGAAGGGGGAGCAGGGGAUGCAGGCCGCGCUGGAGACGUUGCGCACCCUUACAACAGAACAAGAAGCAGGCGUGGCGGUGACUGAAGUGUUUCGUUGUACUGGCGAGGCGGAGCAGGCGGUGGAGGAGUGCCGAGGAGGUUUUCCUGAUGCCAGCACCGUCACCACCGCCAGGAAGGUGAACGAGGCAUCCAGUGCAGCCCUGGAGGCUGUCCAGGCGGAUCUGGAAACACUUGCUACAGAGGAGCCCAGGCCCCAGGCAGACCCAGACUCCACCGUCUUGGACAGACUGCACCUCAUCUGGACAGGGAGCUUGACGGCCGAGGACCUCCGCAGCCUGACGCAGCCCGCCAGGCGCCUGCUGGAGGCUGGCCGGGUGUUUGCUGUCCAUCAGGCGGAAGGUCAGCGCCGACACGCAAGAAUAAGCCUUGAAGCCGGCCAGCUGUGCCUCCACGCCCUGAAGGACCUUCCCCCGCCACGGGGCGCGGCAACCCUGCAGGUGAGCGAGGUUGUGACGCCCUCCCCCCCCUGCACGGUGUUCCUGGACCUGUCCUGGCCGGGCAGCGCGCCGCGGCGGGUCCAAAUCCGUCUGAGCCCCGACACCCCGCGGGGCAGACUGUUCUUACUGUUGUGCACGGGGCAGCGCGGCCCCUCCUACGUUAACACCAGGUUGUUCGGGUUGGCGAAGAAGGGGGAGGCGGGAGAGUUAGUGAAGGGCGGGGACUACGAGAGUAACGAUGGUACUGGAUCAUGCGUCCUGCUGCCUGGCCUUGAUGAGGGUGAGUACCGGAAUUCAUGCCGGGCGGGGGAUGUGUUUGGGCUGGUGUGGACUGACCGUACCCGGGGUGAGAAUGGUAAGUUUGGCAUCUACACCAGAGACUGUAAGGAUGGUGGUGGGUCGCCUCUUGUCUUCGGUGAGGUGGUGGACGGACUGCACGUGGUGGCCGAGGCAGCCCAACACAGGGACAUUAAGGAGGUGACUGUGGCGGACUGUGGCGUGGUGUUGUGAGGGUAAUGGCCACCACCACCACCACCACCACCACAGCAAGGUUAUGGAGGUGACUGUGGUGGUGUUGUGAGGGUAAUGGCCACCACCACCACCACCACCACAGCAAGGUUAUGGAGGUGACUGUGGCGUGGUCUUGUGAGGGUAAUGGCCACCACCACCACCACCACCACCACAGCAAGGUUAUGGAGGUGACUGUGGCGUGGUGGUGUUGAGUAAUGGCCACCACCACCACCACCACCACCACCACAGCAAGAUUAUGGAGGUGAUUGUGGCGUGGUGUUGUGAGGGUAAUGACCAUCACCACCACCACCACCACCACCACCACAGCAAGAUUAUGGAGGUGAUUGUGGCGUGGUGUUGUGAGGGUAAUGACCACCACCACCACCACCACAGCAUUCUAGUAACAUCCUUAGUGAUAUUUUGCAUGAUGUUUUGUGCAUUACAUGAACACUUGAUGUAAUGUGAUAAUUCCUUGGGGCAUCCUUGUAUUAUUGUAUUGAUUAAAAAGUCUGUCCUAACCUUGCUCAGUAAAACACGGAGCACGGAGUUUCCUGUGUUGUGGUGCGCCGUGUCGUGUACGCAACAGACAAGGCUCACUGUGUCGUUUCCUGUGCUCUGCUGUGCUGGGGAGGAAGUCUCUCUCUCUCUCUCUCUCUCUCUCUCUCUCUCUCUCUCUCUCUCUCUCUCUCUCUCUCUCUCUCUCAAUGAUGUGUUGCCUCUAACCUCAUUAAACGCCUAAUGACUCAUCUUUUUGUCGCUUUUAUUCUCUCUCCUUUUUCCUCCUCCUCUCUCUCUGCUCUCCGUCCACUCCUUUCUUUUCCUUCCUCUCCUUUCUCUGUUCCUCACUUUCCUUCGUUGCUCUUUUUCUCUUUCCUAUUUGGUCAUCUAUCUUUCUCUUCCUUCAAAUUCUUUUCAUUCACUUUUCUACUUUUCCUUUUUAUUUCCCCAUUCAUUACUUUUCUUUCUGCACCUUUCCUUUGCUUUCCUUUCUCUUCCUUCACUGUUCUUUCUUUCCUUUGUUUUAAUUUCCUGUACUUUUCUUUCCUCUUUCCUUCCCUCACUUUUCCUCACGUCUCCUUCUUUUAACUUUUCUUCCUCUUCUAAAUUUUCCUGCUCUUUUCUUUUCUCCUUUCCUCUCCUCUCUUCUUCCACCUCCUUUUCAUCACUUACCACAACCACAACCCCUCCUCCUCCUCCUCCUCCUCCUCCUCCUGUCUGUCUGUCAUUUAUUUAUCUACUUAUUCUUUCAUUCAUUCAGUUAUUUUUUAGUUUUACAUUUGAACGGUUAUAUAUUUUUUGUCUCCUGUUAUUUUUAUUCACUCGUCGUGUAUUUUAUUAUUCGUUUAUUUCUAUUGAUUCAUUUAGUCGUUCCUUUAUCAGCAGCGUUCGCCUCGUGGUUUCCCUUGUUCGUUUAUUGUGUACGAGUUUUCCCUCCCGUGAUUAUUUCAAUAUUUAUCUGUUUGUUUAUCAUUGUGGAAUUUUCAGCCAAGUGUUUCAAAGAGGGAGUUUUUUUUCCUAUUUCAUGAUUUGGGUUCCUCUGUUAUAUUGCUUCCCCUUAUUACGAGUUUUCUUUGUGGGUUUUUUUUUAUUCGCGUCUUUUCUUUACUGUUAUUAAUAGCCUUGUUUUAUUAGCGGUCUCUUUUUAUUUUUAUUUUUGUUCGUCCUUGAGCUCCCUCCUUCACCGUGUCCGCAGAGUGAGAGGGGCUGUGUGGGUUUGCUCGUGCUGGGCGUUCGUAAAGGUAAAUAACAAUAAUAAUAAUAAUAAUAAUAAUAAUAAUAAUAAAGUUUGUAUUGAUUAUGAAACAUGAAAAAAAAAAUGUACAUGCCGUAAAGGAAAUAUACAUGCUCUAAAAUAUAAA